AUGGGUCUUCUCGGUGCAUUAGCUGUUGGUGGUGCCGCCAAGGCUGUUUUUGAUAAACGAAAAGACAAGAAAGAGAAAAAGAAAGCUGCGAAAGACGAGGCUGCUCGUGAAGAGCAGGAGAAAGCUGAAGCCGAAGAGCAGGCUCAGAAAGAAGCAGAAGAACAAGCUCAGAAGGAGGCCGAGGAACAAGCAAGAAAGGAACAAGAGGAAAAGGAGGCUCAAGAGCAAGAAGAACGGCGAAAGGCCCAGGAAGAAGCCGAUCGCCAAUUCGAAGAGGACACUAGAAAGGCCCUCGAAGCCUCACAAAUUGAAGCUCAAGAAGCUGAAGUUGCAUCUGCUCCACCUGCGGAGCCCAACGUGAUAGUCUGUGCUCCAGUUAUUCAGCAACAGACUCCUCCACAGGCUGCUCCAGCACCCUACCCACCUCAGCAUGCUGGCUAUCCUCCUCAGCAACCAGGUUAUCCUCCUCACCAACCUGGCUACCCAGGUUAUCCACCAGCUCAGCCAGGCUAUCCUCCUCAUCCUGGAUAUCAACAACCUCCUGCCCAACCUUAUCCUGGCUACCCACCACACCCAGGUUACCAGCAGACUUACCAACAAGUUCCUCCACCACAGCCUGCACCUCCUCAGCAAGCUGGCGACAUAGGAAAGGGUUAA